AACUAUCCCACGUUCAUUUCCCUCCCGGACGUGCAUUGUGAGCGGUUGUAUAGUUAACUUUACUUCUAAGAAUAUAACUACCACUUGAUCACUGAUCAAUUUAAUCAGUUUAUUCUGUCAAGUCAUCAUCAAUCUUCCUAAAGCUACGACUCAAUUGAUGAUGGGGCUUCUUCAGACUUCUUCCAAGAUGGUUGUGAUGAUAUUUGCUCUUCUUGUUGCAGCUACAUUAGCCGACAACGUUGAUGACCUUUGCCCCUCGGCGGAUAUGACGUCAGGAACGGGGGACGUUCAGCUGGUAAACUCUUACCUAUCCGUUGAUGGUGUCGAAAACGCGCUUCCGCUGUGUGGCAUGCAGUACAUGGUACCAGUUAAGGCAACUUUGUAUCAAGGAAUGCUUGCUGCUAGUCAACAACAAGGAAGCAAUUUCAUGUUUACAAUCGGUCCAGUGCAUCCAACUUACGGACACUUUAUUGAAUCAAUCAAUAGUGUUUCUUCAAACGAUCCGUUUUACUGGAUUCUGUUUGAAAACGCAACCAAGAUGUCUUCGCAAGUGGGUGUUGACUUUAUUGACAUCACUAGCGAAAGCGCUUACCUCUGGCAGUACGUAAAUACAUCUGCUGGCCAUGAUUCAAACUACACUGGUCAGUGCGGUGGUCCAUCUGUGAUUGCUCCAACCAUGCCACUAUUGUAUAAAGUCGCGUUCCUGACCUUCUCAAGCGAAAACACCAACGAUGGCUUCGAACAAGUCUGUAAGCGACCUGUUUUGAUCCAAGCCACUGGUACUACGGCAUUCGAUCUUCUCCAAGACGCAAAUGACCAGUUACCAAUCUAUGUCAAGGCGGUUCUUGAUAUGCAAAUGAACACAGUGACGGAGAUUAACGGAGUGCCCAAUGUCGACGGAAAAGCUUGGACUGGGUACUACGCGGGUUCCAAUAUGAUGAUACCUAACGAUCUGGCGAUGACGAAUGUCAGCAAUGGGGAUCAUGUCGUCUUCCGUUAUGAAGAAGUGGAUGGUGAAAAUGAUCCUGGAAAUGUUGGGGCGCCCUCUGCUGGUCAACACAUCAAUCUGCUCUAUGCAGUGAUGUUGUUGACAACGGUGAUGCCUUUGAUAUAAAAAGUAAGUCCCAGGUAGGAAGAUUUGGGUAUAUAAAUGACAUAAUUAUCUCGAUUUGAAUGUUCAAUUGAAUGGGAUUUUAUUCAUUGAAAAAAGGAAUUGAUAAAGGAAUUUUAUGUACACAAUUUUAGUUGUUAUUUCUAACAUAAUUGAGUAGUGGUAUUUUAAAAAUUAUUAUCCUUUUAAAAGACAUUCUCUACGAAACUGUAGACAUGAUCUUAAAUCAAGUCAAUAAAGGUUAUUUUUUAUUCCUUAGAUAUUUAAUAUCAAAUGUUUUUACAAAAUUACAAUUGUUAUCUUUGCAUUUAGGGUUAGAUUCGUCCUACAGCUUCCUUUAAUUUUGUGCUUUGCAAAACCCUUGCAUAUGAUCAAUAAAGGAUAGUCAUUGGCUGACAGUUGUGUGCGUAUACGUGUUUCAACUUUGACCUCAGUGAUGGCGGCAGUGCAAGGGAGUUUACAUGUAAAACACUAUGAUCUUCUUAAUUUACUUCUACCACAUGUGUCUUAAAGGCACUGGACACUAUUGGUCAUUCUCCAAAUAAUAUUGUUAGCAUAAAUACUUACUUGGUAACAAG